GCUUCCGGAUGCGGUGAAACAGCCGAGAAGUGGGAGCACACCUCACGUCCGUGGAUCAAUGUAAACGAUAAGACAGGGAAUAGACACACACACUGUCAAUAAACCAAGAGGAGAAGACACCACCGUCCGGAAUGGAGACCAAUAGGGCAGUUGGAGACUGUGUUUUAACGGCCUUUUAAUGGCGGAUGUUCCUAAGUCGGCGUUGUUUUUACCGAGUGGCCGCCGUGUUUAUAUCAUCCUGCUAGCUUAAGCCAGAGUAGCCUUAGCCUGGACGAGCAUCUACAACUUAUAUCUCCUCUCUCCGGUGGACAAAAUGGAUGUGAUCUGGAAACCUGGGAGCAUACAACGCAAAUAACACAUCCCCCCGUCUGUUUUUCUGUCGUCUGUCUGUCUGCCGGUAGGCUCCACUUAGCCUACUUUUUCCUCCUUUUGCUGACAGAGCACUUAACCAACAGUAUCCUGUGUAUGAAUGAGGAAAACAUUUCCAAGUGGAGCAGCUCUUCCUUGUUUUAUUUUUGGUUCAACACAACUCGGUUUGGUUUAGAUUAAGCUCUUCAGCUCAACAGUGAAGGAUGAAUGGCCUCUCUCUCAGCGAGCUCUGCUGCCUGUUCUGCUGCCCGCCAUGUCCCGGACACAUAGCGGCCAAGCUCGCCUUCCUGCCCCCCGAGCCCACUUACACAUUUCUUCCAGAUCCGGAUGGAGGCUCUAACACACCGGGGGGAACGGGGGCAUCGAGUCGUCGGGCAAGAAGCGGGACCUCUGUUUCAGGAGCCGCAGAAGGGAGAUGGAAGCUUCAUCUGACCGAGCGAGCAGAGUUUCAGUACUCACAAAGAGAGUUGGACACAACAGAGGUGUUCAUCACUCGAUCCAGCCGAGGGAACAGAGUUGGUUGCAUGUACAUUCGCUGUGCUCCUAAUGCCAGAUUCACAGUGCUUUUCUCCCAUGGCAACGCCGUCGACCUGGGCCAGAUGAGCAGCUUCUACAUCGGGCUUGGCACUCGAAUCAACUGCAACAUCUUUUCUUAUGACUACUCAGGCUAUGGUGUCAGCACCGGCAAACCGUCUGAGAAGAACCUCUAUGCAGACAUAGACGCUGCCUGGCACGCACUGCGCACACGAUAUGGCAUUAGCCCAGAGAAUAUAAUCCUGUAUGGGCAGAGUAUCGGUACAGUACCCACUGUGGAUCUGGCAUCACGAUAUGAAUGUGCCGCUGUCGUCCUGCACUCGCCUCUAACAUCUGGCAUGAGAGUUGCUUUUCCUGACACAAAGAAGACUUACUGCUUUGACGCUUUCCCCAACAUUGAAAAAGUUUCCAAAAUCACAUCCCCGGUGCUCAUCAUUCACGGGACAGAAGACGAGGUGAUCGACUUCUCCCACGGCCUGGCUCUGUUCGAGCGCUGCCCCAAAGCUGUGGAGCCGCUGUGGGUAGAGGGGGCGGGACAUAAUGACAUUGAGCUGUACAGCCAGUAUCUGGAACGCCUGCGUCGCUUCAUAGGACAAGAACUGGCGGUACAACACGCCUGACCAUCAUCACCAACAACAUAAAUAUUUUCCUUCUGCUUCAGCUCUUGUGUCCAAAAUGUCUCCAAAGAGCCUCCAGGACACUUUUAAUGGAUUGUGGCAUGGCUCAGUGGGACAUGAAAGAAAAGAGGAGUAUGUCCAUAACCAUCGGAUAUGCACGAGUGUAAAGGGAACUACAUUUACACUUUACUUUUUUUUUUAACUUACUUAAUAGAUACAAAAUGGCUGCCAUGUGUGGUAGCAAAUCAAUUCCUACACUGUGCAAUAAUGUGGACACAUAAACUGGACCUGCGUUGAAAUCACAUAAAAAGAUAUAGUGUGUGAUUUCACAUAAGAACAAACUGAUAUAUUAAUGAUCAUGUAGACAACUAAGACACUAUAGAGUGCAUGGAAGGCUCAUGUAGAGGGCUCUCCCUCCUCUAAAGUGUGUUUGGAAAUAUUUUAUUUUGACUCAUUAGGAGAAUAAUCAGGUUUUUAAUACACAUCUCUACACUGAGUUAUGUUAGUUCUACUUUUACAGUCAAAUGCAAUCCAAUACAGAGGCGCUAAAAUCUUUUUAGUGAAGCUUUAGUGGAGUUUUUUUGUGGCUAUAGUACCAUAGGUUUGUUUACCUGUGCUGUCAUGUUGCGCCGGACUGCAUUGCAUUGAAAUUAGAUGGAAAGAUUAAACUGAUGCACAUAUAGAGAUGUCUUUUUAUUUUGUCUGGGUAUGCUUUUUGUUGCACCAAACAUUUUGCUCAGGUAACCCCUCGUAGAAGUGCAAGUUUUGCUUUUUUUUUGUUUAAUUCAGUCAACUAAAUCUCCUCAGAUCCAUUAUGAAAAUGCAAAACCACAUGUAUCCCUUUUUAGUUUUUCACCAAAUAAUUACACCUACGUUGAAGUGCAGAAGUCCGUUUUCUAUGUCUACACCAUGCCCCAGUGGGAUUGGCUGUGUUGAAGAAGAACAGAAGAUUAAAAUCUAAAACAAAAAAAUGAGGAUGAUCCGGCCUCUUCUGUUGAGGAAUGUCUGAGUGUCUGUCCCCUGCGUCUUCUACUGUUCAUCUUGUUUGUGUUUCACACCAGUAGGUCACAGCUGUCAGAUGUUUCCCUCUGUGUCUGGAACAGAGUAACAACACUAUUAACCAGCAUCUCCAGCCUGGUUUGGUCUGUCUUUACAUCUGUCGCACAGCCAUGUUGAUCAUUUGUAUUCCAUGUUGUAGUCCAGCACCGAUCAUUAACCUACAAUGUAAUAACUGACCUACUUUACAUUUCACUUUUUUUACAGACAGGAACAUGAGUUCAUUGUGAUACACGAGUAGGACAAUGUCUUUCAUAUCUUUCACUACUAUUGUGUGUCCUUCUGCCUGGUGAAACUAUACAGUAAAUAGUUUUGUAUAAAUCUGCUCGGUAAACCUGAUUAUAUAUGCAUUUCUACUCCUUUUUUUUACAUUACACUUGACUUUGCUUCACAGCAUUAGGUGUCAGAUUGUUAAACUCCAGGAGUGCAGUAUCUUUAUAGCUGCUGGUGUGAUCUUGGUAACAACUGUUGCUUUUCUCUUGUGGUUUAUUGAGCAGUUUACUCUGAUUAUUUGGGGAAAUAUCACUCGUCAGUAUCAAGUUGCACAUUAUGCUGCAGAUCUGUUUGUGUCACAAUUCUGUCACUUUGCUAAGACGACUUACGCUGUUGGUUUUAUGUCUUUUUACUUGGCCUCUUUAGAUAAACCCUUACGUUCUUAUUUUACUGCCUCUUUUAGACUCACUCACUCUUCCUCUCCUCUCUCAGAUGAAUGAUCUGUUCUGGUUUUAGGCUCAGUCUGAAGCCUUCCUGAAAGGUGCAGCACUCGCACACAAAGCUUGAAGCCAUGAUCCCCUAAAUUAAAAUGUCUACUUAAGAAUGUCAAGGGAUUGUUGCUUUUUUUUUUUUUUUUUUUUGCUCACUGAACUCAAGUAUUUGACAUCAGACACGGUGUUGCCUUUGAGUAGUCGGGAUUUUCAGGCUUGUUUAAACAUAUAAACCAAAGUGUAACAUUUUUUUAGGGCUUCCCCUGUGUAACUGACAUGUAUUUCUGUGUCAUCAUAACCAAAGGCAACAUUAAGUUCUUUUACCGACUUUGUUAUUUAUGUCUGCUGUUUAUCUGCUAUUUUUCCAUUGUAUGUCUGAUACAGAUGAAAUAUAAAGCUGUCAGAUUGCUUGAUAUUUAUGUUUUAUUAUAUCAUGUCUACAUUCAAUAUGCAGACUUUGAAUAGCAUAAACUAACCAAGUUGUGGGUGGAUUUAUUUUUUUCAAGCUGUGUAUAAUUAUCAUUUGCUAAAGAGUACAACUAGGCAAUACAGUGGAACUGUGUGUGGGAUGAAUGAGACGAGCUUCAAGUAGACACAUGAAAAGCUUUUGUCUUAAAAGAAAAACGUCUUUUAUUGAAAUGUUUGGAGUAUUUUUGGACAUUCUCUCGUCGGGAUUGGUGUAACAGCUGUGUACCAUUUGUUGUGUUAUCACACAUCGUCUCAUUGUUUAUUGUACUAAUUUUUAGGUUUUAAAGAUAUUGUCUUUUUCCAAGAAUACUGAGAAUAAGAAGUUAAUAAAACAUAAUCAGAAAUUGCUAA